CACGUGCAAGUUGUAGUAAAGGGCGAUUUAAAACACGGACACAGCAAAUCAGUCCUCCUCCUUCAACAACAAAUUAGGGUUCCAAAUUGAAUUGAUUCCACCAAUGGCGUCUCAUAAUCACCUCGACGAUGACCUCGAUUUUGGUGGAGAUUUCGCCGCCAAUAGGCCACGUUCAGGUACCAAAAGAAGCUUUGGAGACCUUGACGAUGAUGAAGACGAUAUUUUUGGCUCUAAAAAGGGUAAUUUGAAAGUAGAAGAAACAGCACCCGGUGCAGCGACAGGAAUGAUCUUGUCUCUUCGCGAGAGUCUUCAGGAUUGUAAGGAUACCCUAGCAUCAUGUCAGACAGAACUUGAAGCUGCAAAAUCUGAAAUACAAAAGUGGCGCUCUGCGUUUGAAAAGGAGUCUUUCAUACCUCCUGGCAUGACACCUGAACCCAAAUUUGUGGUCAGUUAUCUUCAGAACCUCAGAUCAUCUGAGGAGUCAUUGCGUGAACAGUUGGAAAGAGCAAAGAAAAAGGAGGCUGCAUUUAUUGUAACUUUUGCCAAAAGAGAGCAGGAGAUAGCAGAGUUGAAGUCUGCAGUUCGGGACCUUAGAGCUCAACUCAAGCCGCCAUCUAUGCAGGCACGGAAGCUAUUACUAGAUCCAGCUAUUCAUGAAGAGUUCACUAGACUGAAGAAUUUGGUCGAGGAGAAGGAUAAGAAAGUGAAGGAGUUGCAAGAUAACAUUGCUGCAGUCAAUUUUACCCCACAAAGCAAAAUGGGCAAGAUGCUAAUGGCUAAAUGUAGGACACUGCAGGAGGAAAAUGAAGAGAUUGGAAACCAGGCUAAUGAAGGAAAGAUGCAUGAAUUAACAAUGAAACUGGCUUUGCAGAAGUCUCAGAAUGCUGAACUCAAAAGUCAAUUUGAAGGCCUGUGCAAGCAGAUAGAGGGACUGACGAACGAUGUGGAGAGAUCAAACGAAAUGGUACUACUCUUGCAAGAUAAAAUUGAAGAGAAGGAUGAAACGAUCAGUAAGCUGAAGGAAGAGCUUAAUGAAAGAAACACUAUUGUGGAGAAAACUGAAUUAAUUCCUGAUAAAACUGCCAGUGAUGAGAGAAUGACAGCUACAGAAGCAGAGGCAGAGGCAGAGAAUGAGUAGGCAAGCUUUUGGAAUUGGACUAGUGUUAUUUGUACUAUUUAUCCUUAAAUGGUGCAACCAUAAAGCAAGGCAGAUGAAGCCGCAGACCUGGCAACAAGAGCUCUCAGUUCCAAAUGCACUCGUAAAGCAACAAGGCACGACCAUAUAUACUUAACUGACAAGCUGUGGCAGUCAUACCAAUGUACUUGUAACUGCAGUCCGUGUUCGAUUCUGCAAUCUAUUUCCCAUUUUCGCUUAUGAAAUGGUGUAUUUAGUUCCCUAUCCGCCUCAACAGCACCAAUAUGAUCUACAGCGUCUUUUUUAUUAGCAUUAGAAAACGUAGAACAUUUUCUCAAUUAUGAACUAGCCAUUGAUGUGUUAUUGUGCGGAACUGUAAGCAUUGUGUACUUGUAAAGUGUAGCCCGUCUAGCUGUGGCAAAGUGCAUUGUUAAACUACACUGUUUUUUCCUCUUCGAUUACGCGGUAAGCGCCAAUUGUCGUACCA